AUGACAUCCCGAAAACGCUCUUCGGAAUCUCAGGGGCUUGGUGAAGAUGUUGGCGUGCAUUUGAAGAGAUCCAAGGUCGGCACCGGCGAGAUGACGAGCAAAGUGGAUACCAAUGGAGAUCGUUACUGGGAAAUUUCCAAAAUGCGCCGGGUGACCAUUUCAUCUUUCCGCGGCAAGAAGAUGGUCAAUGUGCGGGAAUAUUAUGAAAAGGACGGCCAGGAACUUCCCGGCAAAAAGGGAAUAUCCAUGCCGAUAGAUCAGUUCUCUGCUUUGAUCAAGCUCCUCCCGGACAUCGAACAGGCUCUGAAUCAACAGGGCGAGUCUUUGUCUCGGCCAAUAUACUACGAUAGCGCAGACCAGCCGGGUGACGAUAACGACGAGCCGGGAAGGAGUGCCAGUCCGUCGAAACAGAAUAUUGAGGCCACGAGUGACGAGGAGAGUGAAGCCUGA